GAACUAAGGUUCCAGAUGGCAAAUUCUAUGAAUGGCAGAAACCCUGGUGGUCGAGGAGGAAACCCCCGAAAAGGAAGAAUUUUGGGAAUUAUUGAUGCUAUUCAAGAUGCAGUUGGACCUCCUAAGCAAGCAGCAGCAGAUCGCAGGACUGUGGAGAAAACUUGGAAACUCAUGGACAAAGUGGUCAGACUGUGCCAAAAUCCCAAACUUCAGUUGAAAAAUAGCCCACCAUACAUACUUGAUAUUUUACCUGAUACAUAUCAACAUUUGCGACUUAUAUUGAGUAAAUAUGAUGACAACCAAAAACUUGCCCAACUCAGUGAGAAUGAGUAUUUUAAAAUCUACAUUGACAGUUUAAUGAAAAAGUCAAAACGGGCAAUAAGACUCUUUAAAGAAGGCAAGGAGAGGAUGUACGAAGAGCAGUCACAGGACAGACGAAAUCUCACCAAACUGUCCCUUAUCUUCAGUCAUAUGCUGGCAGAAAUUAAAGCAAUCUUUCCUAAUGGGCAAUUCCAGGGAGAUAACUUUCGUAUCACGAAAGCAGACGCUGCUGAGUUCUGGAGAAAGUUUUUUGGAGACAAGACUAUCGUGCCAUGGAAAGUAUUCAGACAGUGCCUUCAUGAGGUUCAUCAAAUUAGCUCCGGCCUGGAAGCAAUGGCUCUGAAAUCAACAAUUGAUUUAACUUGUAAUGAUUACAUUUCAGUUUUUGAAUUUGAUAUUUUUACCAGACUCUUUCAGCCUUGGGGCUCUAUUUUACGGAAUUGGAAUUUCUUAGCUGUAACACAUCCAGGUUACAUGGCAUUUCUCACAUAUGAUGAAGUUAAAGCACGACUACAGAAAUACAGCACCAAACCCGGAAGCUACAUUUUCCGGUUAAGCUGCACUAGAUUGGGACAGUGGGCCAUUGGCUAUGUGACAGGGGAUGGCAAUAUCUUACAGACCAUACCGCAUAACAAGCCCUUAUUUCAAGCCCUGAUUGACGGCAGCAGGGAAGGAUUCUAUCUUUAUCCUGAUGGGAGGAGCUAUAAUCCUGAUUUAACUGGAUUGUGUGAACCUACACCCCAUGAUCAUAUAAAAGUUACCCAGGAACAAUAUGAAUUAUAUUGUGAAAUGGGCUCCACUUUUCAGCUUUGUAAAAUUUGUGCUGAGAACGACAAAGAUGUCAAGAUUGAGCCUUGUGGGCAUUUGAUGUGCACCUCUUGCCUUACAGCAUGGCAGGAGUCAGAUGGCCAGGGCUGCCCCUUCUGUCGCUGUGAAAUAAAAGGAACAGAGCCCAUCAUCGUCGACCCCUUUGAUCCAAGGGACGAAGGUUCCAGGUGCUGUAGCAUCAUUGACCCCUUUGGAGUGCCGAUGCUGGACCUGGAUGAUGAUGAUGACCGAGAGGAGUCCUUGAUGAUGAAUCGGUUGGCAAAUGUUCGAAAGUGCACUGACAGGCAGAAUUCACCAGUUACAUCACCAGGAUCCUCUCCCCUUGCACAGAGAAGAAAGCCGCAUCCAGAUCCUCUCCAGAUCCCACAUCUAAGCCUGCCACCAGUGCCUCCUCGCCUGGACUUAAUUCAGAAAGGCAUAGUUCGGUCUCCCUGUGGCAGCCCCACUGGUUCACCAAAGUCUUCUCCUUGCAUGGUGAGAAAGCAAGAUAAACCACUCCCCGCACCUCCUCCUCCCUUACGAGAUCCUCCUCCGCCUCCACCUGAGAGACCUCCCCCAAUCCCACCUGACAAUAGACUGAGUCGUCACUUCCAUCACGUGGAAAGUGUGCCUUCUAGAGACCAGCCAAUGCCUCUUGAAGCCUGGUGCCCUCGGGAUGUGUUUGGGAGUAAUCAGUCGGUGGUGGGAUGUCGACUCUUAGGGGAUGGCUCUCCAAAGCCUGGAAUCACAGCAAGUUCAAAUGUGAAUGGAAGACACAGUAGAGUGGGCUCUGACCCCGUGCUUAUGCGGAAACACAGACGCCAUGAUUUGCCUUUAGAAGGAGCCAAGGUCUUUUCCAAUGGUCACCUGGGAAGUGAAGAAUAUGAUGUUCCUCCCCGGCUUUCUCCUCCUCCUCCAGCUGCUGCCCUUCUCCCUAGCAUCAAGUGUACUGGCCCGUUAGCAAAUUCCCUUUCAGAGAAAACCAGAGACCCAGUAGAGGAAGAUGACGAUGAAUACAAGGUUCCUUCAUCCCAUCCUGUUUCCCUGAAUUCACAACCAUCUCAUUGCCAUAACGUAAAACCUCCUCUUAGGUCCUGUGAUAAUGGUCAUUGUAUAUUGAAUGGAACACAUGGUACAUCUUCAGAGAUGAAGAAACCAAACAUCCCUGAAUUAGGCAUAUAUUUAAAGGGUGAAGAUGCUUUUGAUGCCCUCCCCCCAUCCCUGCCACCUCCCCCACCGCCUGCAAGGCACAGCCUCAUCGAACACUCAAAACCUCCUGGCUCCAAUAGCCGACCAUCCUCAGGACAGGACCUUUUCCUUCUUCCUUCAGAUCCCUUUCUUGAUCCAGCAAGUGGCCAAGUUCCUUUGCCUCCUGCUAGGAGAUUACCAGGCGAAAAUGUCAAAGCCAACAGAGCAUCACAGGACUAUGAUCCGCUUCCUUCAUCUUCAGAUGGUUCACAAGCACCAGCCAGACCUCCUAAACCACGACCCCGCAGGACUGCACCAGAAAUCCACCACAGAAAACCCCAUGGGCCCGAGGCAGCAUUGGAAAAUGUUGAUGCGAAAAUUGCAAAACUCAUGGGAGAGGGUUAUGCCUUUGAAGAAGUGAAGAGAGCCUUAGAGAUAGCUCAGAAUAACGUCGAAGUGGCGCGUAGCAUCCUCCGAGAAUUUGCCUUCCCACCUCCAGUCUCUCCACGUCUAAAUCUAUAG